UUAUUCCAUUGUUUUGUGAUCUUCAAUAAUCCUAACCUGAGUUCAGAAUCUCGGGUUAACAUUCGUUGGUGCCUGGCUUUUUCCAGAGAGAUACGCAGGUAGAUCGGAGACAUCUGUAUCUACUUUCUCUUCGAACUCGAUUUGCUCCAUUACCCGCAUAUUUUCCUUCUACGAAUUUUCCGCCUCUUCAGCAUACAGCCAUCCAAAUCAACACUCGCCGAACGCAUCUUCCUCCCAAAAACGAGACCACGAGAUGGCCCCGACAAAAUCUUCAGCCAAGGGCAAGGGCCCUUCUUCGAGUAAGGGCGACGCCAAGAGCAAGCCUCUCUCGUCCGCCACGAAAGUGAGCAAGAAGAACGUCAAGCGGCCGCCGCCCAAGGAAGUCAAAUCGAAAGCGCGCACGGAGUCCAGCCUAUUGAAGAAGACGAAGAAGAGAGAAUACACGGAGAAGGAGCUGGACUUGCCUCAGCUCAACAUGAUCACGCCCGUCGGCGUGGUCAAGCCCAAGGGCAAGAAGAAGGGCAAAACUUUUGUGGAUGAUGCGGAGGGAAUGAUGACCAUUCUUGCGAUGGUCAACGCCGACAGGGAGGGUCAGAUUGAAUCCAAGUUGAUGAAGGCCCGUCAAUUGGAGGAGAUCCGCGAGGCGAAGAGGAAAGAGGCCGAGGCUCGGCAGGCGCAGAAGAAGAACAAACUGGAAGAGGUAAAACAAUCAAUCCGCAACAAGAAGCACAAGGGCGGCUCCAAAGCUGAUACUGGAGACGCCGGACCCGACAAGUCCUCCAAAUCGAAGGGAAAGAGAAAGAGCGUUUCAUUUGCUUGAUAAUUUUUGCUGUAUAAAAGUAAUGCUGUCUAUAUCAGGUCUAUGUAUCUAGAUGGGUCUCUGGCGUUUCAACGGUCUAUAUCCUGCCAAAACAAUUGCAUGCGUAACUCAUGAUGAGCCAUCUUUUGAUUGGAUGUGUGCCCACUUGAAGUCCGCGGUGAUGAGAUAUAUUCGCGCCUGUCGCGAGAUUACGGAGAAGAUGGUACAAUCUUGAUAUCCAGCUUGCGCCGCACGGGACCAAAAAGCGGCUUAGGGGUCUUAUCGCUGUCUUGUGCAGGUCGCGCAAUGUAUGGCGGCAGGCGAUCAGGGUGCUCCACCUUGCCAGGAAAGGUGUGGUCCACCUCCUUAGCCAUUAUAUUCAGGAAAUUGG